AUGUAUGAAAAUAAUUUAACCUUCACCUUCGAAAUCGAUCUGUUUGUAAUUCGAUAACAAUAAAUAUUAGAUAUAAUUCGUGACUUGUUACGAUAGUUGUCAAUGUAGCGUCAACGAAUAUCAAAAGAUAUCUCUAUUUAUUUAACUGUGCGGAAGAUGCAAUCGUAAAAAUCCCAUCAAAGGUCGCUGUAUAUCUGAGGGACAAAGUAACUUAAAAUCUAUGCUGCAAUGCUUAUUUUUGCGAAAAGAAAUGUAUAAACAUAUAAAGUCUUUAAUUAUACUAAAAUUAAUACAAAACAUAAUAUAUAGAUAUAUUUACGUAUAUAAACUACAUAAUUACUAAUUUAAAUGUAAAGAAUGAACAAUUUUUUUAAAUAUUUAGAAUUAGAUUUAACAUGUAUCUGUCAGAUCAACUGCGAUUUCCGAAGGAUUAAAAAUAAAUAAUAAAGAAAGAAAUAUUACAGAAAUGACUAACUUAAAUCAACUGAUAUUAAAAACUAAUCACGUUUUAAAUAGAGAUAUGCACAUGUAAUAAAAUUACGAUAGAUACGACAAAACUUUAAGAGAGGUUAUUUUUAAUACAGUGAAAUCGAUUUUUAUAAAUUUUCAAUUAUUAUAAAUUUGGACAAAUAUGAUUACCGACUCAUUUUUUCCAAACAAACAAGUAUCGCUUCUUAAAGAUUUCUAUAUAAGACAUCAACGAUAUGAGAAACUUAUUACCUAUAUCGAAAUUAAAGGACAGGCGCUCAAAAUAUCGAUCGAUUAUUGUCGAAAUUAUCUGAAUCACCGGAAGAGCUAAUAGCUACACGCGGAUGUGACUCACGUUUAUAUGGAUUAAACGUGACCUACCGGAGAUAAAAAAGUAUUAUCAAUCGAGAACGAAUCUCUGAGAUGUCAUAUAUCUUAGUAAUUUUUCCGCGAACGAAACGCACGAUGUGAUUCUAAUCCAAUUACUGGCGUAUCUAAUUAUCAAUGUAAUCGGUAUAUUCGACCCUUACCACUGAGCUUAGCGUGCAGCAAUCUAUGUGUACAUUUCGCACAAACACACAGUAUUAUGAAAUGUUGUUAUAAACAUACGACGUCUUAGUCUCAGAGAUUCCAAGGCCAUUACGUAUUAUGAAUAGUGUUUUAUUUUGGUAUUUUUUUCAAAUCGUACGAGGAAUCUCGUUCUGCAUUAUACGAUUGAUUUAUUCCGAGCCGUGAGAAACUUGAGUUGUAGUAGACUUUUAAGCAAGGUCAAAGUAAUGACAGCUAUGUCACACUGUUUAAUUCCGUAUUGUUAAACAUGACUCACCAUCAAUAACAUUUUUGAUAUGAAAAACAACAGGGGACUAGAGGAGGGAGUUACAAUACUAUAGAAUUUUGUCAGCUGAAUUUUCAUUCAUGUACAACUUGCUCAAGAAGUCAAAUAUAAGUCCUUAUGCACCGGUUCAUCUAUAUAUAUAAUAUAUAUAUAUAUAAUUGAAAAAUUUAACCCUUCAAGAAUCAAAUAAAUAGACUACAAAAUGAAGAUACCGAACAUCCAUGUAUGCUUUCUGUUUUUCUGCAUAAUAUGGGGGACAAUGGGUAUAAAAUAUGAUACAACAUUGAUCGACGAAAUGCGAAAUAAGUUGUUGCAAUUGGAGAAAACAUUAGAGAGAGAUUUGUUUCACUCAAGGCUUCACGAGUUUGAAGAUGGUGGAAAGUACCUAUGGCUCAUAAAAAGUUUCAAGAAAUUCGGCGAUGAACUAGAACGAAACUUCUCGACCAAUGGUUAUGAAAAUUUAAAUGCAUUGAGUUCUAUUUGGUUAUGGGCUCGAACAGAAAACGAACUAAAAGGAAUAGAUGGUCUGUACCAAGUUUUUCGAACGAUGCAACAGGAGAUAGUCGGCAGAAAAAUUCCUCUCGAUAUACCGAAGCUGAGCGAUUUCUGGGAUAUAAUUCUACACGAUCCGAAUGCGUCAAUUGUACGCGCCCUCACUCGAAUCGGUGACCUGAUAGUGCACGAAAAAUUGUUCGUUUCGGCUUAUCAGGAAGCAGCUUCGCAAAUUUGUAAUGAAAAUCAGUCGCUUCAGCAAUUGCUCUAUAAUUUAUAUACAACGGUAACCCUAACGGAAAUCAAGGGUUACGGUAUGAUCCAAUUCUCUUAUAAGCUGCUGCGGCUUUAUAACCCAGGUACUAAUUUCACUGAAGAAAUGGAAGUGGUGAAGCAACAGUAUGAGACGAGAACGAUGGAAACUCUGCGGGCUGUUAAAACAGCCAUGGCGUUUGCUCCACGACAACUCUGGAGAUGUGAUGCGAGAUUACAUAAAUUAGAUGAAACAUACACCAAAUUAACACAGUUGUUCCAAGGAUACAUUGUGAACGAAGUAGAUUUAAACAAGGACUCGAGUUGCAGAGAAAAUUGUGCUUAUUACGAAUAUUCGAAAGUUUAUGGAUGUUACAAAAAUCAAUUUUGCUCCCAACAGCGCAAAUGUAACGGUCGAAUACUAAAAUGCGAAUAUAUUGAUUCCGAUAUGUGGAUUUGUCCUUCGAUACAGGAAAGUGAUCGAAGAUACGAAUACAUAGAAUAUGAAAAUGGUCGACUGUUCGGACAAAAAAAAAAAAAUACUUGCCAGAGAGGAACAACCAAAGUAGAUAGCUGGUGGCGUUGGUUAUUCUGGCACUGUAGCUAUUGUUUUUGUUACUGUGAUGACAAUAAUGUAAACUCUGAUCGAUACUUCAGCUUAAGGGAAGUUGUAUCUGAUGUAGCAAACAAUAAAGUCGUGACGGGCAUCCGGUUCAAGAAAAUGAAGCAAAUAAUACAUAUGCAGAUACAGGAAGGUGAAUUGAUGCCACAUGGAUACAUUAAUAAAUCCUCUAUACGGUGGAAACCAAUAGAAGAGUUCAGUGUAUUAGAUAACAACGUUAAAAAUGGUGUUGACUAUCACACAUUAUCAUGGGAAAAAAGGGGGUUAGAUUUAGAUGAUCUAGUCCUUGAUGACAAUUUGCUUUUGACAGGACUCAAGUUCCGAAUGAUUGGUUCACGAUUAAACUUAGAAGCAAGAAUGACAUCUUUCAAUUUCACGACUGGGAAAUUAAUAAAACCGCUAGAGAGGAGUUUCUGGAUUAGUCAUGAUAGAACCAAUAGAACUGAAGUGACAUUUGAGAAUCCUGAUAUACCAACUCGAUUACCUCUUCUAGCACUACCAGACUCGAAACCAUUCCAAUACCUGAAUUUUGCACCAAGUGAUCAAAAAAGUGACGUUGCUCAAAACACAAUACCAUUCAUUGAUAUUCAACCAGUAGAAUCAAAUCCACCAGUUCCAAUUGCAGGUGCCGGAAUUUUUCAUAAAGGCCGAUCAGGAUCGGGUGGAUUUAUAGCAAUGAGAUUGAUUACGUAUGAUUUUAGUAAACAUUUACAAGUUGAUUUAUCUCCUUCUGCAGAUACAGUUAUUGAUGCUCCAAAUGAAAUAAGAGUAGUAUGAAUGUAAUUUAUGCGCGUAUUACUAAGAUAUAGUUCGUAACUAUCUUUUGUGUUUUAUUUCUACUUUCAUAUGUCUUUCAUUAAUUUACAUUUAAAUCUGAUAAGUAUGAUUUAUAAAAUUGAUUAUAUAUCAAUAAUAACUCCCUUUUUUAGAAACAAUUCUCCAUUAAACAAUUGUUUUUUGUGCCAUCUUAGCAUGUAUAAUUGUUUUAAAACAACAUAUCACAAAAGUUAAA